AUGAAGUCUUUCACCUUCUCCGCGGCCCUUCUGGCCUCAACUGCUAUGGCCUUGCCCACCAACCUCCUUUCAGGCGCCACCGGCUCUUUGCCCACCAACCUCCUUUCAGGCUCCACCGGCUCUUUGCCCUCCGGAGUUCCCUCUUGCCUGCCCUCUGGCGUCAUCCCCUCGGGUAUCCCUCUCCCCGUGGCAUCUAUGAUCCCCACUUGCUCCGGUGCCGCCGCAACCUCCUCGUUGUCCGCCUUGCCCAUUCCUACCGGUGCCGCCUCCGGCUUGACCCAGGGCGCCGGCCCCGGUCAGGUUCUUACCAUCCUCAACCAGGCCGGAACCUCGAACUUUAAGAUGAUGGCCGAGUCCGAGCUCCAGAGUCUGAUGAGCAAGCUGCCCCUCAGCACUCUCAAGGAGCCCGUUGGCCAGGUCAUUCAGACCGCUGGGUCCGUCGACCAGCUCGACACCAGCAGCGGCUCCGGCCUCACCCAGGUCACUGCUAUCCUCGAGAAUGGCAACGCCGUGCUCAUUGAGCUGACCCAGGCAGUCGUCGAUCUCCUCCACAGCCUCGGUCUCGGCGAGGUCGGCAGCCUUCUCGGCUCCAUCGUUGGCGGCCUUGAGUCCGUCACCGGCAACGUCAAGCGCGCCGACCCUCUCCAAAACGUCCUCUCCGUCACUGACGUGAACGGCCUCGCUGGUGGCAAAGACCUUCUCUUCCAGGUUGAGCCUACCCUUCUCGGUCUCUUCAGCACUCUUGACCUCUCCACCGUUGAGGGCCCCGUCGGCAACGUCGUUGCCAUUGCCCCCUCCGUCUCCGAGCUCAAGUCCAAGAUCCCCAACAUCCCCGGUGCUGAUUUCAUUGCUGUCAACUCUGAGGACAAGGCUUCCGUCCUUUUGAUUAAGGUUGACGGCGCUGUCCAGGGUCUCCUUUCCACUCUCGGCCUCGGCAGCCUCGGUGCUGCCAUCGGCUCCAUCGUCUCCUCCGCGCAGAGUGCUCUCUCCCAGUAA